UCAUCUUCCCAUGUAGAUAAGCCCUGAGGUGGUGAGGGUUGAGGCAGAGCAACCUCUGCUCAGUAGGAUCCUCUGUCACCUAUGGCACUCUCCAUUGCUUCUACGGCAUUUUCUAGCCUUCCAACCAGGGAAGUAUCGUCAAAACGUUUUCCACGAAAACUGACAACAUGGUUACCAGGAAGAGUUCGUUUGAAUGCAACAAAAGGGGUAUCUAGUGUUUGUGAACCACUUCCUCCCGACAGGCCAUUGUGGUUCCCUGGUAGCUCACCUCCUGAGUGGCUUGAUGGCAGUCUUCCUGGUGAUUUUGGCUUCGACCCGCUUGGAUUAGGGUCUGAUCCGGAGUUACUUCGAUGGUUUGCACAAGCUGAGCUGAUGCACAGCAGAUGGGCAAUGCUUGCUGUAGCUGGGAUUCUCAUUCCAGAGUGCCUUGAGAGACUAGGCUUCAUUGAGAAUUUCUCCUGGUAUGAUGCUGGAGCCCAGGAGUUCUUUGCAGACCCCACAACCUUAUUUGUUGUACAGUUAGCUUUGAUGGGCUGGGUGGAGGGAAGAAGAUGGGCUGAUUUGAUAAACCCUGGGUGUGUUGACAUACAGCUCACGUUUCCAAAUAAAGCAAACCCAAAGCCUGAUGUUGGAUACCCGGGUGGCCUUUGGUUUGAUCCCUUCAUGUGGGGAAGAGGGUCUCCAGAGCCUGUGAUGGUGCUAAGGACCAAGGAGAUCAAGAACGGGCGUCUUGCAAUGCUAGCUUUCGUGGGGUUCUGUUUCCAAGCCAUUUAUACUGGGGAAGGCCCCAUUGAAAACUUGAUGGCACAUAUUGCAGACCCUGGCCAUUGCAAUGUUUUCUCGGCUUUCACAUCACAGUGAGAUGAGGACUGGUUGUUGGAUGGGAAGACAGCCAAAGAUGAAGCAAAGCAUGCUAAUUUCCAGAGUCAGAAUCCAUGUAAUCUUUUAUGUUUGGAGCAAAGGAAAAUGUAGAUGAAGCCAAGAAGUGAAUACCAAUUGACUUCUUACUUUGAA